AUGAAUUUAGUUGAUUUGAUUGCUUUCUUUAUUAUUGCCUUAGCAAAGGAUUUCCAUACUGCAGUUAAUUUCAUCAUUAUAUCAACAACAGUAUUCUGCCUUCUAAACUUCGUUGUUACAAAGAAAAUGAUACAAUUCCAACUAAUUACUCUUCUUCUCCCUUUCUUCAGGGUUUCGAAGACCAAAGAAGCUCCAAAGCUCAAGGCACUUAUAAGAUCCCUAGGACCACAUACUUUUGGCAUGUGUGUACUUCCAAUUGCACAAAUUCUUCUUUUGAUGUACAUUGUUCAAUGUUAUAUUACUAAGAAAGAUGCUACGUUCUUCCUCGCUAUACUAUUAAAUGGUAUUUGCAUUCAAGCAUCUCAAACUUUGAUUUCUCUGAAAUUAACAAUUGGAAAUCCAUUUGGAUUAUCACUAUUCUAA